AUGGGAACACCAGCUGGUACACCGCCAGAGUCAAGUUGGAGCCAAGUGCGCAGCUCGACACCAGAGUACGCCGUGCUUCUGGAGAACCUGUACUAUGACGGGGAGAGCCUGCAGGAACGCGGGGAUCUCAGCGGAGCGGCAGCCUUAUACGAGCGACUGCUCUCCCUGGAGCAACCACAGAGAGAAAGCGAGUGGGGCGUUCGUGCUCUUCACCAGUUAGUCAUUAUCAGCGUCUUUGAAAGAAAGGACUAUAGUAGGGCACAAGCGCUCCAUGAGCGUCUCCUCUGCUACUUCCACACAGCGGUCCCGCGUACGCUGGUAGAGUUCGUGAUCAGCCAGCUGCUGGACUCGCUGGCCUCGGAGACGUACGUUCCUGCGAGCGUACUGGAGCGUUUGCUUCAGGCUACCAUAGACGCUCUCGACGCAGCUGGUGUUUCCCUGAAUAAUCGAUUGCGGUUUCGUACCGUGGUGCGCCUUGGGCAGCUGUAUCUGGACACGGGGGCCUUGUGGCGGCUGAGCACGCUUCUGCGCCGCUUGUACCGCCACGCUGGUAUACGGCUGGGCGCCGACCCAGCGCUGGAGCCCAAGUCAGCCUCGCUGAGCGGGCAAGUGAGCGCUCCACGACAACCGGGCGAGCAGCUGCUGAUAGGUGCGCUCUCUGGCUCUCAGCUACUGGAAUUGUUUGCGUUGGACAUGCAGCUGCAGCUCGUUCUUUGGGGCAAGCUCGCAUCAGUACCAUUCCAGUUUCCACAAGCCAUGGAGUACCGGUUGCGACAUACAGCUCAGGAUACGUCCCCGGCCGCAUCGAUAGGUCGAAGGAACCGCGACUUUGUAGCGACAAUGCCUCCGGACUCGUCCGCAGUACCUCGUACGGUGGGCGUAGCACUGAGCCCGCCUGGUAGACCGGGCGUACCGAUCGCAGCAGACGACGGAUUCUACGCUUCUCGUCUCUGGCGACUGUAUCAAGAGGCCAUGCGCUUGAAAAGCGUGCUUAAAGGGGUUCUUGUGAGCCCGCGCACCCUAGCGAUCAUUCGGACCUGCGGCGGCAAGUUGUAUCUGGCACAGGGCUGCGUCACGGAGGCCGCACGGGAGUUCUACGAGGCAUUCCGCCAUUAUGAGGAGGUUGGUGCGCCGGAACGCUUCGCCGUUCUACGGUAUCUUGUUUUAGCGAACCUGCUUUCGGGAAAUACAGUGGACUUGUUCACAGCCCCGGAAUUGCAGACCUACGGUUCGGAACCCCACAUGCGGGCCCUGGGUGAUAUGAUUCAUGCUUACGAGAAGGAUGAUCUGGUGCUGUUCGAAUCUAGUCUCGAAAAGGAUCGUGCAAUGAUCGAAGAUACGUUUCUGCGUCCGUUCACUGAAACACUGUCGAGUCGCCUGUGGCAGCGGGCUGUCUUGCGAGCCGUCCACCCGUAUAGAGCGAUCACACUGGCAAGUUUGGCGAAGCGCCUUGGCGUAACGAGGGAAGGCGAUAGCAUCGCGCAAGUCGAGCACGCUGUCGUGCAGCUGAUUUCGGAUGGCCGCCUCAUCGGACGCAUUGAUCAAACGCAAGACGUUUUGCUGGUCUCGUGGCGGCAGCGAACGACAGGUCUGCUUUCCACAGAUUCUCCAGCUACAGGCACAGAGACUGAAUUUGGUUCUUCAGCGACAUCUGGAGUUCCCGCCUGGGACGACAGCUUCGUCAAUCCGACGCGGUACUCAGAAUCGAGCUAUCCCGUCUCUGUGGCCGACUAUCGGCAGAUUCGAGACACAGACCUCGAUGCUGAUCGUGUCGAUAUCUUGUUGACGACGUGGUCGCAACGGUUGAAGCGCGUGCGGGAACAGUUUGCGCAACUCGGUGCCGAUAUCCCGCGAGUCGCUUCCUAA